AUGAGCAUCACAGUCCGUCAAGCCUUUCCCUCGGUGAAGAUCCUACGCCUUGUGCACGAACUGGCCGCCUACGAGAACCAGUCUGAUGCCGUCCAAGCUACCGUCGAAUCCCUACAGAAAACAAUAGCCUUCGCGCCCGAACACGACGUUCCCAAUGACUCUCCAAGCGCCAUGGAAUAUGUGCCGUCACCGAACAGACCUGCACGGUGCCUGCUACUUCAUACGAACGAUGGCGAGCUGGCGGGAAUGGCUGUUUACUACUACAACUAUAGCACAUGGACUUCAAAGCCGGGGAUCUUUGUGGAGGAUCUUUAUGUGAGGCUCCAACACCGGCGGAAAGGCUAUGGCAAGCGACUCCUGUCAGAGCUUGCCCGAGAGCUGAGUUCCAUGGAUGGGGUGCGGGUGGAGUGGAAUGUGCUGAAGUGGAAUAAGCCAAGCAUCGAGUUCUAUCAGGCCGUUGGAGCCCAGUCAAUGGACGAAUGGGUUGGGAUGCGCGUUGAUGGUGACAAUAUCGCGAAGCUGGCACACAUACUGGACUAG